CUACAUUUUAAUAUUGUGGUUUUUUAUUCUUGUAAGAAUCGACGGAACAACAUUUGGAUCAACAAGUUCAUUCAGCAUGUCGAUUGUUUAUUCUUUGUUUUCUAUAAUGAUUACCGCUGUAACUGUAUGCUGUUACAACGAAGUAAAUGUACGAGGAAAAAGGAACAAAGAUGAAUUAUCUGUAGAAGACAGCAGGAUAGAUGAAUUGAUGAGCAUAUUGCAAGGUAUUUGUGUCAAUGGAAAUCCCGAUCAAACUGUUAAACACCUGUUGAAGGAUACCGAUACCAUUCUCAAAAAUAUAGAUGUGUACAAAGAGGUUGUGAAGAAAAACAAGCUGCUUAGGAAGGAACUGAAGUGGAUUAUUGAAGAAUCAAAAGGUCAAAGAGAAACUUCUAGAAUUGUUGAUCUGAUCAAAAAAGGUGUAAGAGAUGUAUGUGUUUCCAAGACGUACAGAGACUGUAGUGAAAUGAAUAGUAAAAGUCGAGGAAGUGGAAUAUAUACAAUAUAUCCAGAGAAAUCAAAAGGAAUAAAGGUUUACUGUGACAUGACAGAUGGCAAAGGUUGGACUGUAAUUCAAAGAAGAUUUGAUGGAUCUACGGACUUUUUUGGGAGAACUUGGAACGAGUAUAAAGAAGGAUUUGGUGAUGUACAGAAAGAAUACUGGCUUGGUAACAAAUAUCUAAACAUCCUGACAUCUAGUGGUAAAUAUGAACUUAGAGUUGACUUGGUUGAUACCAAUAACAAAAAGACUUAUGCAGUUUAUAAGACAUUUGCUGUUGGUGAUGAAAAUUCAAAGUUCAAGUUAACUAUUGGUGUUUACACAGGAACUGCAGGAGAUAAUAUGCAUUACAGCAAUGGUAGAUACUUCACCACCAAGGACAGAGACAAUGAUUCCAGUAGUAGAAAUUGUGCUACAAUUUUCAACUUGGGGCCCUGGUGGAAUGGCAACUGCAGUAAUGUUUCCCUGAAUCUUGAUUUAAAAAAAUCAAAAAUGAGAUGGUUGGUUCUUAAAUACAUCCAAUCUGUAAUGAAGAUCAGAAAAAUCAACUAAAAUAAAUUUCUGUAAAUAAAUUAAUAGACACUAUAAGCAUGA